AUGGAGUUCGCGGACUUGUGUGUCUGGGCUGGAUCCUGGCCGAGUCCUGGCGCACAAGCUCGCCGCCGUGAAACUUCGGGCGAUGACGGCGUUUCAGCUCCUUUGCUGUUGCUGAGCGACUCAACAUGCCUCAACGCGGGCCGACAGAGGCCUGGACCGAUGUUUGUUGUCUGGACCAUCUAUCUCAUCGUCACAGGUAGCCCCGGCGCUUAG